AAAAGGAAAAAGAAAGGAAAGGCUAUUGGGUUUCUAGCAUCUCCUCUUUUUGUGCUUCUACUAAUUUGUAAUGUUUAUCAACAACUGUUGUCUUUUUUUUCCCAAGCGGUCUUAUCAAAUCUCAAGCUGGCUGAAUCUGGACCAGGGGUGGUGAGACCUGGAGAUGUUCUCAACUUAGUUUGCAAAGUGACAGGUGCCUCCAUCUCUGUGUCUAAUGAAUGGCACUGGAUGAGAGACUCUCCUGAGAAGGGCCUGGAAUGGGUCUCAGCCAUAAAUGUCCACAGUGGAAACAAAUGGUACGCCGCCUCUCUGAAAAACCGAGCCACCAUUUCCGCAGACGAGACCAGAAAUGAAUUCUACCUCCAGAUCGAGUCCGUGACAGCUGCUGACUCAUCGGUGUAUUUUUGUACCCGGCUCUGCACAAUGAGACAAAAGCUAUUGGGGCUGUGUUAA